AUGACUAACGGUGAGAAUACCAGCGGCGGAGCAGUUAGUACGCCGUCAAAGUGGUGGGGAUUGAAGGAGAUAACGGUGAAGUUCAAGAGAAAGGAUCUGAUAGAGAAAGCAUCUCUCAUUCUCAGAGGCUUUGCCCUUCUUUUCUCUGUCAUCUCCUUCCUUGUCAUGCUUCUUAACAAGCACGGUCCUCGCCUACACUUCAGUGACUACGACGUCUACAAAUUCUUAUUCGCCGCAGUGGCCAUAUCGGGGCUGUACAACGCUGGAUAUGUGGUCUUGACCGUGUUCGGAAAAAUAUAUAGCAAAACAAUGACUCUGGCUGGUUCUAUUGGUGACCAGCUGCCGGCGUCUGAUGAUGAGCUUGCAGGUAAUGGCGCAUCUGUUAGUGUCGGCAGCUUCUUCAGCGAUCCCAUUGACGAUGUUGCUCAGAGAAAGCCCUGA